AUGCUAAGAAGAUUGACUAGAAGUUAUAGGCUUAUUCUCCUUAUCGGAAAGUCAUCCAUCAAAAGCAACAAACAAGUGGCAUUUCAGAGAAACUUAACCAACCCGCAAAAAUUUGAUGGCGAAUUUCGUCAAAUUAUCCCUGGUAGCCAUAUCAGUGCUACCUUCUCAAGCUCAGUCGCCAACGUCGACUUGCUCGAUAAUUUCUCCAAGCUGGCGUCAAAAAUAGAUGCGUGCCUUCUUUCCGGUUGUUGCUACGAUUCUAACGAAUACCAAACAAGCAGAGGAAUCGUGCCUAAGUGUUACAGACCACUUCAGGCUGCUCCUUCAACGGUUCCACCUUCUCUUGUUCAAGUCGUUCCGAUCACGAAAGCCAUUCCUGCAACCAGCGCGCCUGUCAAAACUUCUCAGUACACGCUUGCUCCUGAACAAAUCAAGGCCAACUUACAAGAGCUCAAACUGAAGCUCGAUCUCCAAAAUGGCGCCCGCAGUGUUAAGAAGACAACAACGACUGCAACGCCAACUACCACCACCACAGCAGAAACUACUCAGCAAACCAAGAUGAAGGAAGAUCCCGAUAAAGUUGUUGCCCACGGCGACUUGAUGAGCUCUUACACGAAAAAAACUUGUCUUCAACUUUCGACGACAAAGACGAUGAACGACACCGUUCGAGAAUUAACAAUGGACAAACUGAACUGUGGCUCAAUCCAAUGGCAAAACUACGAUCCCGAGAAUGACCCCAAUCUUCAGCAGAGCUCUGAAGCAGGAAUGAAGCUUCUUAUGGACAAACUGAAGGAAAAACAGGAAAAAACAACGACGAUUCUCGCUGGUGGUAAAACAGAAGUUAUCGAUAGCUCGGGAAAUGUUCAAAUGAGCCUGCAAGCUAAACUCGAAGAGAAACUAAAGAAAUCUCGAAUGGAGAAGAAAAAAACGUCGUCGGAAUGCAAGAAACUCGAAGAGAACUUUGCGAAACAGCGAAAAACACGAUUUUCGAACGAAGACGAGAAAAAAUUUAAAGAUAUUUGUGGAUUCGUCCCUGAUGCUGAGUAUAUGUUCGGUUUGAUAACUUCCCUCCAGAUCUUGAAAGAGGAGGAAGCGAAGAACUGGAAAAUGCCUGGAAUGGCUCUUGAAAUGGAACUAGUCGAUUGGCCCGUCAUCGAGAAGUGCAUUGGUCGCAAAUCCGUCCUCAAUCAGAAAUUCAACUGUUUCGCCCGAACCGACAGAAUUUGGAACAAGGCGUCAUGCUUCAAGAACGGAUGUAUCUACCAUGGCGAAGACUGUUUCUACUGCAAGGAAGCGAUUGAAAACAUGAAAGCGUCGAAAGUAGCGAUCGAACAAAUCAACGAUGGAUUAGGCGAAUGCCAGAUUUCCACCAAAAAACGUCAACUGUGUAAAGGCUACGUCAAAGAAGACGGAGAAAGUCUCGCCAAAAAAAUGAUGAUGCUUCAAAUGAUGGCCAACCCUUCCAUGGGAAUUAUGCUUGAGAAGAAAAAUCAAUCUAAAUGUGAAAAACUUGGCUGCUGUUACGAGCGAAAUGACAAGAAAAUGAUCAUGCAAAUGAUUAUGAUGAAUAACAAUGCGGCAUCUAUGCAACCAGUUGUACCACAAACAACAAUGAAUCCAAUGAUGGCUCUCUUAGGUGGCGGAAGUAGUUCUUCAUCGAACAUGAAUAAUAUGAUGUCAAUGCUUUCUGGAGGCUCUUCUUCUUCAAGCAUGAACAGCAUGAUGUCUUUGCUCGGUGGUGGAAGCAAGGCGUCAACGGAUCCCUUACAAAUGAUGUUGAGUGGAAUGACGGGUUCGAGCAGUAGCUUCAACGCAUUGUCCGGCUUGGGCGGUUAUGGUCUUUCUAGUUCUAGCGGAAGUUCAAGCGACGCACUGAUGAUGUCUAUGAUGAUGGGGGGCAAUCCAAUGAACAGCUUGCUUAUGAAAAAGUUCGAAGAGGACGACGAUUCAACUUGCUUCGCCCCAAUCGACUUUGACAGAACAGAUGAUCACGAGUGCGUUCCGGACAUCGCCAAUAACGAAUGCGGAGUUGCUUCUGAAAAUGCUACCGAACACUCUUGGAAUGUUAUCUUCGAAGGACCAAACGGAAGUCGAUGCGGAGGGGCACUCAUUUGCUCAAGCUGGAUCCUUUCAACAGCUAGCUGUCUUCGUUCCCUGGCAGAUGAUGUUUCUGAUAUUCAAGCCUACACUGACAUCACAAAUGGAACAGACCUUUCAUCUGCGACGGCUUUAACUAUCAGACAAGUUCAAGAGCAUCCACUGUAUCAAAGCGUCUCAUACGGCCGACACAGACUUCUCAAUGACAUCGCCGUAGUACAGAUCAACUCCGUGUCAAAUGCUCCCAUUUGUCUUCCUUCGAAGAGCUCAUUAAAUCCAGCCGUAAAUGAUGAAGUUUUCUCUUUUUCAUACGGAGCAGAAGACUCAUCUGGAUCCUAUUCUGAAGAAAUGAAACGAUCUAAUUUCAACUUGAUGAAAUUGAAAGUUUGCGAGGACAACUAUGGCAACGUUGAUUUCUCCUCUUCCUUGUGCGCGGAACAAGGUUCCGAUUCGUCAAACGCCGGGAGUCCAAUUUGCCACAACGAUAAAGGCUCUGUGGUGGCAAGCAUGAUCGGCGGAAACUACAAGAUCGCUGGACUAGUCGCUGGUGGUCCAGAUAACUGCGUUCUUUCUUCAAAUACGCCUGCGGUUUUCCUAUCGGUAAGGAAAAACCUUCAUUGGAUACUUGAAGCAACGAACAACUGCUGCCAGGCUACCCUCUUUUAA